AUGUCUAAAGCACAAUUUUUAAGGGAAUAUAAACUUGUAGUUGUUGGUGGUGGUGGUGUAGGUAAAUCUGCACUUACAAUUCAAUUUAUCCAAGCACACUUUGUUGAUGAAUAUGAUCCCACUAUUGAAGAUUCGUAUCGUAAACAAUGUGUGAUUGAUGAUGAAGUGGCUUUAUUAGAUGUGUUGGAUACCGCUGGGGAAGGAUUCCUUUUAGUUUAUUCCAUUACAUCUCGCAAUUCCUUUGAUGAAAUUUCCACCUUCCAUCAACAAAUUCUCAGAGUCAAAGAUAAGGAUUAUUUCCCCAUAAUCAUGGUAGCCAAUAAAUGUGAUUUAGAAAUGGAAAGACAAGUUUCUGGACAUGGUUUUUGCAGAUUCAUUGAAACAUCCGCUAAGCAACGCAUUAAUGUGGACGAAGCAUUCUACAAUCUUGUUCGUGAAAUUCGACGAUAUAACAAGGAACAGCAAUUUGGUGGGCGAAAUCAAUCAAAUGGGUCAGGAGGUGGAAAUGAGUUUACAAGCGAUAGAAGUGAUGAUGGCGGUUGUUGUUGCGUCGUCUUGUAA